CUUGUGAAAGUGAUUUCAUUGUGUUUACACUAAUGAUAACUGUCAUACGUUUCAACAGGUGAGAUCCCCGACGCGGCCUUCAUUCAUGCUGCUCGUAAACGUAGGCAGAUGGCUCGAGAGCUUGGGGGUGAGCCUCCGCUGGUGGAGAAUGAGGUUACAAACAAGCGCCUCGCCCGUGAAGAUGAGAACGGCGGCAGUGACGACGAAGACGAGGAGAGAAUUGUUUUCAGUGGAGUCAAGAUAAAGACUCAGAGGCAGAAAAUAGCUGAGGAGAUAGGUAUUGAAUGCAGUGACGAUGAAGCUCUAGAUGAUGGGCAGGAUGAGGAAGUGAGUCGCUGGGAGCAGGAGCAGAUCAGGAAGGGCAUUAGCAUCCCGCAGGUCCAAACCACCCAAUCCGAGGACCCAACUAUGUAUUACCAAGGCAGUUAUGAUGCACAGCCGUAUGGAGCAUCCUAUGCCAUGCCCUUUAGCUACGCCAUUGCCACAGUUGGAGCAGACAACAGCAAGCCUUUGAAAGCAGAGCCCUCAGUUCCCUAUCCCAUUCCCUCUUGUGACCUGACCCUUAUAACCACAGAUCUGGUAAAGAAACGUCUCAAAGACAGGCUGAGCUUCAUGCGCCAGGGGCACGAUUCCAAUGCCCGGCGCUUUGAGCAGAUCCAGGAGGAGCUGGAGGCCUCCAAAAAGACCAUCCAGCUCCUGGAGGGCUCCUCACAGGAGGCCGCAGACAAAUAUAGAUUCUUGCAAGAAAUGCGAGGGUAUGUUGGAGACUUGCUUGAGUGUUUCAGUGAAAAGGUGCCUGUUAUUCUGGAGCUUGAGGUCGCCAUGCACCAGCUACUUCGGCAGCGGGCGUCCCGUCUCGUCCAGAGAAGACAGGAUGAUAUUAAAGAUGAAUCGUCGGAGUUUUCCAGCCUUUCAAGUAAGGCUGUUAUGGUACCUAAUUUGGACUCAUUCGGUAGAGAUCGCACAGCCUAUCAGGAGCUGGCCAAGCAGAGGAGGAUAGCUGAAAGAGAAGCCAGACGAACUCGUCGCAGACAAGCUCGAGAGCAGAACGGCAAGAGAGCCGAGCAUAAGGAGGGGCUGUCCAGUGAUGAUGAAGAGACAUCCACUGACAUCACCAGCUACAACUCAGAAAGAGAUCGCAUUUUAAAAGAGUCUAAGCAGGUUUUUGAGGAUGUGGUGGAGGAUUUCCACUCACUGGACAACAUAAAGUCUCACUUUGAGACCUGGAGAAAGCUGUAUUUUACAUGCUAUAGAGAUGCCUACAUCGGACUGUGUCUGCCCAAACUCUUCAACCCUCUUAUUCGACUACAGCUCGUCUCAUGGUCUCCACUGCAGGUGGAGUGUCCCAAUUUUGAGUACAUGCUGUGGUUUGAGUCUUUGCUUUUCUAUGGCUGUGGGGAGCAGAGCGCCCUGAAGAAAGAGGAAGACACAGAUAACAGCCUGCUUCCUGCUAUUGUGGAAAGAGUGCUGCUUCCUAAACUGGCAGUGCUGACGGAUCAGGUGUGGGAUCCGCUCUCCAGCAGUCAGACGUCCAGACUGGUGACGUUCAUGCAGAGGCUGAUUAAAGACUAUCCGACUGUGCUGCACGGCGACAACCGCAACACACAAGAGCUUCUGAGGACCAUAGUCACGCGAAUUCGACAGACUCUUGAUGAUGAUAUUUUCUUGCCUCUGUUUCCAAAAAAUGUAAUGGAGAACAGGAACUCUGGUCCUUACCUCUUUUCCCAGAGACAGUUUUGGUCUUGUGUAAAGUUAUUUGGGAAUAUCUUAAAAUGGGAUGGGAUCCUGUCUCCGUCAGUGCUGAAAGAGCUUGCCAUGGACAGCACACUAAACCGCUACAUUCUCUCAGCCCUGCAGACCACAGACAUCAGCGAGGAAGACGUGGAGAAAUGCCGCAGGGUGGUGGAGUGUUUUCCUGUGCAGUGGUUCAGCAGCCUGAAAGGACAGCAGACUCUUCCUCAGCUGGAGAACUUCUGCAGAUAUUUGAAACAUCUGGCCAGCAGUCUUUACCGCAGUUGUGUGGCUGGAUCAGACGUGGAGAAGAGGAACGUGAGGGAACACAUAAAGGAGGUGGUUAGGCUUCUGGGACGGCUCAACGCUUUAGACCACGUGAUCGCGGUUGCGUCAGAACACGGUAUUAAAGAUAUAAAGACUCUCCUCGAGAACAAAUGAAAGGCAAAGCAAUGGGACGCCUGCCUCACUGACCGUUUUUGGAUGAACCACACCAUGUAAAUACUGUGAAUAUUGUACAUUUAUUUGUGCGGCUGAAGGGUUUCCUUUGGGGAUGGAAUCUAGUUAAGUUUCUCCUUCAAUACAGUUGAAAUUUAGUGGAAGUGGGUUUGAAGUGCACUCUGCUGUGUUAAGACUUUUGUAAUUCCUUACCUGAGGAGAGGUCACUUCUUUUUACUUAUUUUUUUAAUGGAUGGGGUCUCUUAAUGGAUUUUUUUAAACUGUCCAUCACUGCAGUAUCAUUACCUGCAAGAAAAGACCACUUUACAAUGCACACGUGGGUUCUGUGCUCUAAAGCUGAUUUCUGAGAGCAUGAUUCAUACUUCAUAUUGUAAACAUUCAAAAAAACAUUAUGCACAGCCAUGGGUUGAAUAAUCCAGCAUCUGUGCCCAUCUUAAAAACUGUUUCGCUCAUGUGCCAACCUCAUCCCUAAUCAAAUGAACAUGACAUGCUGGCAAAAACAAAACCAUGUGCUACCGUAACAAAUGUACUUAUUUUUUGUUGUUUUCCUGGAGCUUGAAAAGUUUUAUU